AAUGAUGUCGGAGACUGAAUCAUAUUCCGAGUACAUAUCGGAUACAAUCAGCGAUAGUAAUACAGUAACGAUGGAUGAAACUGUCUCGGAAACUCAAGGAAAAAGCAGUAAAGAAGAUUCAUCUGGCUCCAAAAAAGAACAAACAAAAGAAAAAAAGGAGAAAAAAGAGAAAAGAUCGAAAGAAGAGAAGAGAGAGAAAAAAAAGAAAACUCUGGAAACAACUAGUGAGUCUGAGUCCAUGAUUUCUGAAGCAGAUAGAAAGAAGGAGAAAAAGAAGAAAAAGGAGAAAAAGGAGAAAAAGGACAAGGAAAAGAAAGACAAGAAAAAAAAGAAACACCAUUCUUCCCAGGAGAGCAGCGCUAUCACUAGCGACACUGUUGGUAGCGAGACAAUAACUGAAGAGGCCGAAAGUGAUAAAGAUUUCUCCGGAAAAGUUCAAAAUAACGGUCAAACUUUGCAAAGUGAUGAUAAGGCUGUUGAAAUUGAAAAGAAUUCCCAACCUACCGAAGAACCUGCAAAGAAAACCGAAACUGAAAAAGUACACGAAGAAGAAGAAGAAGAAGAAGAAGAAGAAGAAGAAGAAGAAGAAGAAAAAAACGCGGAGGAUGAAGAUACAGUUGAAGAAAAUGACAAUGAACAAGGAACUGAAAAGGAGGAAUCUUUAAACGAAACAAAAGUUGAGCCAGAAAAACACGUGCCGGCACAAUCUGCUGAACAAAACGUUUGUGAAGAUCAAGACAAAACUGUUGGAAAUCAACAUGAAAAGAUGCCUGAAGAAUCUAAAGAAAACAGCGAAAGUCGAGAGGAAAAUGAAAACACCGAUACUGGCAGCUAUUCAAAAGCGAAUGAUAGUGAAGAAAACGUAAAGGAAGUUGAUGACGCCAAGGAGGAUGUCAAGAAAGAACAACUUGAGCAAAAGGUAGAAAAAGAGAUUGAAGCAGAAAGUGAAAAAGCUGCAGAAGCUAAAAAAGAAGAGAAAAAAGAGAGUGAACAAGAAGAUGAGGAAAGCGAGGAAGAGGAAGAGGAGGAUGAGGAUGAGGAGGAAGAGGAGGGUGAAGAAGAGAAGGACGAAAAAGAAGAGGAUAAAACAUCAAAAGACGACGGGAAAAAAGAUCUAGAAGAGGAACAAAUAGUAGAGAAGACGAUCAGUGACAAAACCCCAGCUAAAGAGGAGAAAGAAAAUGAUAAGAAAGACACAAACGAUGAUGUUGAAGAAGCGGGAAAGGCUGAUCCAGAGGAAAAUGAAAAGCCAAUCGAAGAAGCUCAAAAAAUUGAGGAGCAAGAAAAGACAGAUUCAAAGAAAGAGGAAAAUAAGAGUAGCAAGGAAGAGGAAAAAGACUCUGUUGAUGAAAGUAGUAUAAAUAUUGAAACUAACAAAACUUUGGAAAAUACUGCAAUAGCUACAGAGGUAGCUAAAUCAGAAAUUGAAAAAGAAGAUAAUAAUAAUACUGCAGAAUUAGAUAAUAAACCUGUAGAAAAACUGCAACUUUCGUGCAGCACAUUGUUGAACACGGAACCUGAAGUACAAAAAUUGAUUAGAGAGCAUCUAGCUUCACCUGUCGAACCUACUGCGGAGGAAACGGCCAUCGCAUAUGGACAAUUAAAGAAAUUAUUACAAGAAGAGAAAGAAAAACCUCAGGCUGUAGACGCAGUCACCGUACUAGAAAAAGCGAAGCAAAAAGCAAUUGAUCCAGAGGCGAUAGUAUAUUCGUCAAGAGUUCUACAAGCUAGAACUCUAGUUAACAGCCAAGAACGACUAUUUGAUAAACUAGCCCAAAUAAGGCAUCAGUUUUACAAUUUGGAUGUUGAAGUUGCUGUUCUACGUAGAUCGUGUUUGCCUACUAUGCACGAUCUACAAUUAAUGCAAAUGCCGAGCGAUAGGCCUAAGAAAUUUGCAGGUAGACGCGCCUAA